AUGUUCAUCGUGUGGAUUUAUGCAGCAAAGCAAGCCUAUCCCACUAAUACCGAUAUAACUUUCCUGGCUGUGGCUGACAUAUCGGACCCUGUGGAGCUCCUCUGGCACUUUGGAGACUCGAGAUCAGCCAGAACCACCUCAAGGACCAUCACCAAAAGAUACCACAAACCUGGCAGGUAUGAUGUAUUUGUGGUCAUGUCAAGAGGCCGGACGUCUCUUACCUCCAAUGUGUUCCCGCUGGUCGUCCAGAGAGCAGUGAAGCUGAACCGGCUGAUCCACCAACCGUCUGCCCUGCCGAACCAAACGGUGACAGUGAGCUGUCGGGUCAACAUGGGGACUGAUGUCAACUUCCUGUGGAGCUUUGGAGACGGCUCAUCCAGGCUGGGACAGAGUACAGAGCAUCACAUCUUCCACAGGACAGGAGAGUUCAGGCUGACUGUAAACGUGUCUAACCUGGUCAGCUCUGCCUCUCUGAGCAGUCACAUCUUUGUUGUGGACCGGCCUUGUCAGCCUCCACCUGUCAAAAACAUGGGGCCUCUCAAGCUACAGGUGCGAAGAUAUGAGGUUGUUCGUCUGGGGGUGACCUAUGAGACUGAAGUCGACUGUGACCUUUCAGGAGGCCUUCGCUACACCUGGACCUUGUUUGACUCCGCAGGACGGGUCUUCCCUUUGCCCCUCAUAGACACACACCAGCAGAGUCUCAUACUGCCCAGCCACCUCCUACACUAUGACACCUACACUGCUAUAGCAAUGGUUCAGGUCUUUGGCAGUGUGGUGUACAGUAACUACAGUGUGCAAGUGGAGGUAAAACCAAGCCCUCCUAUGGCUUUCAUCCAGGGUGGCACCAAUAUCUACAUUAACAACAGGAACACCAACGUGGUAAGGCUGGAUGGGCAGAGAUCUUAUGACCCUGACUUCCCCAUGAACCCAGUCAGCUUCAGUUGGACGUGUAAACCAGUCAGCUCCAUCACCAGCUCCUGUUUCCAUCAAGAUGUUCCCACGUCAGCCCCUGUGCUCGUUUUUCCUGCUAAUUUCCUGAAGCAAAACUUUGAUCAGUUCCAGUUCACGCUCACCAUUCACAGCGGUGAGCGUUCAGCCUCAUCUGAGACCUUCCUCACGUUGAAGUCAAAUGUGAUCGGGAAGGUGACAGUAAACUGCCCACAGUGCCAGGGAGAGCAGGUGAACUGGGAUCAGUCUUUCUCUGUCAGCACCUUGUGUGAAGGCUGUGAUGCUGACCCAAAGUUCAUUGAUUACACCUGGAGCCUGUACUUGGUCAAUGCGUCCACAAAGCCCAUCACAGAAGUCCCAUUUUGUUACAAAGUGGAUCUCAGUGCUCCAGCCACCAUCAUGGAGGGUCCUUCCACUUCCACCCUGCGUCCACCUGCUACAGAUGCUUCACAGUACACCCGUGCUGACAGUACCGCCAUCUCUCUGGCUGAGAAGGCCUCUGAAACUGAAGCCGAAAAUUUAAGUCCGAAAGUGACCGACUACGGAACAUCAUCGGAGAAAAACAGGAAGAAUUCAACUAUUGUUGGUCCAGGAAAGGAGUCCUUUUAUCACCCUCUGGGGGAGUCUGACCCUCCGGAGCCUUUGUUCUCUUCCACUGAAUACCAGCCGCUUGCCCUUGACAACGGUGGCGUCCUGUAUUCAGACCGCUUGGGCCACAGUGAUGUUAUCAGUGAACUCCCAAUUGAUCCGGAUUCCUCUGGUGACUUGGAGUUUUCUUUUCCUCUCUCGGAGAGCAGUGACCUGGCAGGUCCACCAGAUUUGGAUUAUGAUGUUCCUUUGAUGAGUGCGGAGGAAGGAGACCCUGGCAUCUCAGCAGGAAGACCCACAGGUGGGGAAGCUGACACCUUCAGUCCAGGAGAUGAUUCAGCGUUUGAUCCAGCACUGCACGAAGACGUGGGGAGUAAUCUGGUAGAUUUCAGGCCAUCUGUGGUGGUACAGGAGCCAAUCUUGCUGGAUUUAUCUCGAGACCUGGUGGACAGAGACCUUUUUGAGUCCUACACUUAUGCAGGUAUUUCCUCCACUUUGCUCAGCUUCAGACCGUUCACUCUGAAGCCCGGGAGCACAUACAUGUUAGAAGUCACUGCCAAAUCUCACAAUAGUUUUCUGGGCCAGACUCAGCUCUUCUUAAAAACCAACCCUGUCCCAAAAGACAUGAUGUGCCAGGUGCAACCAGUGAAAGGAUCAGAGUUAUACACACACUUCAGCAUCUUCUGCACCUCAGGGCGAGAGGACUUGAUGUAUGAGUACAGCAUCCGUGUAGGAGACCGACCACCCAGGGUUCUGAACCAGGGGAGAGACUUCCAGUACUACUUCAGACUUCCGUCUGGUGACCCGGCUGAUGACUAUAAAGUGAUUAUUUACACAAAGGUCAGAAGCAGCACGUAUGGGACGACCACUAAACCCUGUCCUGUCAGCGUCCGAGUCCAGCCGAGCUUCGUUAGGGACACCUCUUCUUCAACAUCUUCUUCCUCUUCUUCGCGCUUUGAUCCUGAUCUGGAGCUUUCAGAGUCAGGUCUGAGGAACCUGUCGGCUCUUGUGCAGCUCGGGAACAGCAUGGAGGUCCGUAACUAUGUGAGCCUCCUCGCCGGCGUCCUGAACAGACUGAGCCUGGACACUGAGGCCAAUAGGCACGCUCAGAUACGCACACGCCAUGUGCUUAUUUGCACAAUGUGUGAGCUCGAGAGCAGAGAACAGGCAUCCAUGGUGGACAACAUCAACAUUCUCAAAACCCUGCUGGAAGUUACAAGUCAGGUGACGUUAGCGAGUGCAAGACGAGUGACUCUUCACGUUCAGGUCAUCUCUGAGCAGUUCUCAGAAUCCAGGGCUCCAGUGUAUGGGUACUAUCUGGACCAGGAGACACUCGACACCCUGAUCGACCUGCUCUCAUACAGCCUGCAAGCUGCCGUGGCUUGUAAUGACUUCACGCCUGAAACACCCAACAGUGCCGACAGUAAACAGGCAUUAGAAUCAGACUCACACAAGAAAAACAUCAGAAAUGCCACCGGCCCUUCUAACGGCUGCGUACCGGAGUCAUCCAGUGUUUACAUCCAAAGACAAGGAUCGCUUUCUGCAAAGCAGGCAGUGCAGCUUGUGGCUGAUAUUCUGCAGACUGCUGCAGACCUGAUGCUGGUGAGAGAAAACAGACAUUAUUUCCAGAGGCACAUCUUGUUUCACAAGAACCAGGAGCUCAGAGUCAACACCAGACUCAUGGCCUUAUAUGCCACGUACCAAAACCAAACCUCCACGGUCGUCAGCAGUGGCUCGACUAUCUUCUACAUGCCUGCCUCCCUGAUCCAGCUCCUGUUUGUGCAUCGCAGGAGGGAGACUGAGAGCAGACCGUGUGUGCUCGGCGUGCUGAGCGAGCUCACCCACAGCCCUUACACCUGGGUCCACUAUCCCCAGAGGCCAAGUGGACCAGUGGUCGACCUGAGUCUGUACGAGUGCAGCACGAGGAGAAAGAUCCCCGUUCGCUCCCUCACUCAGCCAAUAAACAUCGAGCUGCAACAAGCACCGAGAAAUAAGAGCUCUGUGCAUGAGUACAUCCUCCUGCGCAGCCAGGUCAACUACCACAGCUUCAAUAUUACCCACGAGCACUUGCAGCGGCCCAUUAAGCUGAGUGUGGUGUUCAGGCCGCCACUCAACAAGGCCUUUCCCAUCCUGCUGCUCUUCAGGAUGUUUGAGAAGCCAACUCCCAGCAUGCACCACCUGCACAGGACUCACCGCUGGGAGAGCACAGAGACACGAUUCACUCUGCCCUCAUCCUACCUCAGUGCUGCAGGGGUUGGUCACCUGGCCCUUCUGAAUGCUGAUUUUGGGAAAGCGCCGCGACACAAGCACCUGAGUGAACAGGUGAGCUACAGCCUCACAGCAGAAAGCAGCUUGUGUUUGUCCUGGGACGGCCACCAGGGGGCCUGGACUCACCACGGCUGCAGGACUCAGCAAUCAGACACGUCUAAUGCAGUUACAUGCAGCUGUCACCAGUUGAGGCCGCUGACUGUGGUGCAACAGCAGAUCCAGAGCAGCCAUGACGCAACCAACCUGGACCCGUUCCUAAGUGUGUCCAGUGAUCUGACGGUGCUGGCUGUGCUGGUGCUGUGUGUGUGCCUGUACAUCCCAGGGUUGGCGGCUUGCCAGAGAGCUGAUGUCGUCUCCGAGGAGAAUCACAGAGUCCACUACCUUUCCGACAACUCUCCGGAUGACCUGCAUCUCUAUGCCGUUACGGUCCACACUGGUCCCUGCUCUGCAGCCUGCAUGAGUGCAAAGGUUUACAUAGUCCUGAAAGGUGAAGACGGGUUCUCACAGACAAAAGAACUUCAAGUCCCAGGAUGCACUCUGUUCAGGAGGAACUCUAAAGACACAUUUAUUAUCAGUGCAGCAGACAGCCUGGGCCCAGUGUGGGGCGUCCACGUCUGGCAUGACAACUCUGGACCCUGUGCAAACUGGUACCUCAAACAAGUGGAGGUAUCUGAGGUGAGCAGAGGGCACGCAAAGGGACGUGCUUGGCUCUUUAUCGGUCAGUGCUGGUUGGCUGUGGACAAAGGCGAUGGCCGAGUGGAGAGACUGCUGCGAGUCAGCACUCAGGGAAUCGGCUUUGCUAAGAUGUUGCAUCUCAAGCUAUCGGACUACCUGGCCGACCACCACAUCUGGAUAUCUUUGCUCAUCAGACCCUGUCCUAACUCGUUCACACACACUCAAAGACUUAGUGUGAGUCUGCUGCUGCUGUUGGGGUACGCGUGUGUCAGCGCAGCCAUUGUAUUUCAAAUGGACGAUCCGCUGCUGUUCGAGCUGGGCAUUACUGAUGUAUCAGCUGUGUCAGUGGCGACAGGAGUACUAAGCGUGGUGGCAGUGCUGCCCGCAGCAGCAGUAGUAUCCUUCCUGUUUCGACUGCGUGAUGUUGAGCUGACAGCCAAGAGCAGAAACACUGAGAAGGACUACUCUGAAGAUGACCUUUCAGUGGCUGACGGCACACCUGAGCCCAAUCUCUCUUGGUGCAGUCUCCAGAAGUUGGCGCAGGAAGCCUGGAGGAAGAAACACCAGAGCACAGACCCACUGCCAGCAUCCGCUAUGACUGUGGAAAAUAAAACCACAGGUAAAAAACCUGUAAUCCAAACAGAUGUGGUCAAAGAUGAAUUUCACGCAGUUGAGAGCAAUUUUGGACCACAGCUUCAAAAUUUGUUGCUGAUUACUCAGGGGAAUAGCAUUGAUCAAGCACCUCAGAGAAAAGACUCUGAUGUUUUAAGUGAAGGCAGCAGGUUUCACGGAACUCAGAGAGCGCCUUUCUCUGGUACGAGGGAUGAAGGCCAAGUUAUUCAGAUGGAGGAAGACCUUCAAAGACAAAGGAAAGAAGGUCACCAGGCAGCGUGGCCUGGUCACAGCAGCGAUCAGCACAUCACCGACAGGCUGAGAAGGAGUGGAUUCAGACCAGUUUCUCGGUGGAGUCACUACUUGGCCUGGACACUGUGUCUGCUGCUGUCCCUCUGCUGCCUGGUGCUCUCUGCAGUGCUGGGAACCAGGUUCAGCAGCAGCAAGGCUCUGCUGUGGAUACACUCUCUUUGCUUCUCACUGAUGUCUUGCAUCUUUCUCAUCCAGCCAGCUAUGAUAGUUGCAGUGGCAGCGAUUGUCUCCUUUAGGUACAGGAAACGAGCAGACUUUCAUAGUUUCAUCAGUAAGAGACAGUUUGAUACGUCACAACUUUGGAGCCACAGUGAUGCUAAUCAACCAGAAGAGCAGUUUGUAGCGUCUGCCUUUCCCCAGCAGAGAUGCUCAUACCUUGAAAAGCUGCUUGGAACUCGUCAGCGAGCUCGGCACCUCCGUCUCGUCCGCCCGCCGACUCCAGCAGAGCUGAGGAAAAGUCGUAAGAUGAAACGAAGAGAAGCUCUUCUCCGAAACACCCUCAGGGAUUUGUUCUUCUGUGGCUCCAUGCUCCUCCUGAUGCUGUGUAUGACUUAUGGGAGCUCACUCACUGACCAUCAGCACCUCAAUAAAGCUGUCAGGAAACUGUUUAUGAGUGGGGGCAGAAAUAAUGCGUUUAUGUCCAUGCAAAAGCAUGAGGACUGGUGGAAAUGGGCGCAGAGCAGCCUCCUUAAUUCAUUGUACAAGAAUGCAACGAUAGCCACUGAGCAGUCACACAUCUUGAUUGGAGAGCCGGUCCUGUGGAAGACUGAGGUGUCCAGCACGUUUCACAGCCAGGACUCCAGUGUGACUCUUGCACCAGAGUGGCUUCGCGUUUUCUUGUCUGGGAGCAGAACAUCCACUCGGCCACAAUCCAAUGUCUCGGUUUCUGUGGCAGUGCUUCCAAUGACAUGUGGUCACCUGGGCUGCUACUUUGGACCAAGUCCUGCAGUUGGCCUCGGCCACACUAAGUUGGAGGCUGCGUCCAAGCUGAAGCUCCUGCAUUGCAGCGGCUGGCUGGACAGAAAAACUCUGGCCGUGAAGGUCCAGUUUAACUUGUUCAGCCCUGCACCCAACUUGUUCACCGGUGUGACCUUGCUCGCUGAGCAGAGCCCCACCGGCGUCCUGCUGCCUUCUGCCAAAGUUCAGUCAGUUAGGGUGUAUCACACUACUGCUGUGUGGGACUACUUUAUCAUGCUGUGCCAGCUAACCUUCCUUCUCUUAUCUCUGCUGCAACUCUGUGAGCAAGUGUACAGUGUAGGGCAGCAAGGGCUUAGGGGAUACUGGAGUGCACCCUGCAACUGGCUGGAAGUCAGUUUGCUGACAGUAACUCUGGUGUACUACGUGUACUACAUCUCUCACUCCAUGACUAUCUUGGAGAUUGUGGAGAGGCUGCAGAGCCACAGUCACAGAGGACAUGUUGAUGUCAGCCUCCUGGCUACCUGGGAACAGUGUAUUCGCACUGUGCGUGGUGUCGUGGUCUUCCUCCUCAGCAUGAAGUCUGUGACCGUGUUGAGGAUGAACAAGACGUUGGCCACAUCUGCUGCACUCCUCAGCCGCUCGCUCUUCAGCCUUUUCUGGCCGACGAUGUCAGGUCUCAUCCUGGUGGUCGCCCUGUCCUGCGUGGGGAAUCUCCUGUUUGGGCAAAACUCCUGGGGCUUCAGCUCACUUUCCCGGUCCCUUCAAACUCUGCUCUGUCACUACUGGGGUCCCAAGUCUGCAAGAGGCCUCCACUUCUCCUGGGGUGACCUCCUUUACCGUGGAGUUUUGUCCUCCACUAUAGUGUGGACCUCAGUGGUGACAGCUGUGGUGUCCUCAUUGGUCAGAAGUGCCAAAAGAUCUCAGUGCAGGAGGAAUGUCUUCACCUUAGCACAAUUAGUCGGCUACAUCAGAAGGAGGGUGUCUGACUUCAUAGGACAGCACAGAAGAACAUGGACUGAAAAUCAGGCGGAAGGGAAGACUUAUUACUUUGAGGAGUUUGAAAGCUUAGUAGAUGAACUGUUGUUCAGACUCAACACCCUAUCGAACAGCCUGCACCACACGCUGCCCCCCAAAGUCCAUCGCUACAGGGAGGAGGGCAGUCCUGUCGUGGAGCCCUCCAGCAGGGACACACAGGACUUUGUCAGAAAACAGAUGACGGUGAGUGAUCGCACAGAUGUCAGUGUCCAUGGAGAAGCCCUACCUGCAUCUCAUCUGCUCAGGUCCAAGCUUGAACUGGAGAUACUGCAGCAGUUCCUGCAGAGGGGAAGCCAAGGAGGAUAUGAUUCCUCUGCAGACAUUGUUGUGGCAUCAGAAAAAACCCAACAACCUACAACAAGAGCUGGAGAAAAUUCAAAUGACGAGGAGCUUCAGACUUGUUUAAGAGGACAGAACUUCUUGUCACUCACAAGGUCAGCAUCACCCGUCGUGGUUUGGCCAGGAGAUGUUCUGGAAAAGCAGGUUGAUCAGUGGACUAAAACAAAUGAUGGCUGCUGGUUCGGCAAAAGUCAGGCCACACACAAAGAGGUGGUGGUGGAAGUUCUGGUUCAUAAAGAUCCUAGGAGUGGAGUGUAGUGUGUCGAUAAACAGUACGGUAUUUAUGGAGAUGACAGUUCUGUGUUUGGUACCAUAUUAAUCUUAUUUCUUAUGCUCAUGAUAUUACCAGGAUUACAUAACAGUUUGAACUAAGUUCU